UAAGCCCGUGGCCGACCGUGGGCCGAGGGCCGGCGGGGACUGCGGUGGCCCGGGCGAGUGCGAAGCAGUUUCUGGGGCAGUACAGGCGAUUCCUGGCCGUGUGCUUCUCUUGUGGCGGUGUCGCCCCGCCUCUAGGAUAGGACUGGCCGCGGCUCUCGGUGCCUAGGACCCGGCGGGCGCUUCUGCAGGCUGCCCCGUGUCCGGCAUCCGGUCCCCGACAGCUUGGAGGAGCGCCUUUGGGAACAGUUAUCUCCCCGUCGUUCACUGCUCCCGCCAAGGUCUUCGCGACCCUCUUCUGGUCGAAGUCGAACAACCCGUUCUGACCAUGGAGAAGUUUGGCAUGAAUUUCGGGGGCGGGCCGAGCAAGAAGGACCUGCUGGAGACCAUUGAGACUCAGAAGAAGCAGCUCCUCCAGUACCAGGCACGUCUUAAGGAUGUGGUCCGCGCCUAUAAAAGCCUCUUGAAAGAGAAGGAGGCUCUAGAGGCCAGCAUUAAGGUGCUGUCGGUAUCCCACGAGGCGGAUGUCAGCCUCACAGGUGUCCAGCCUCCAGGCCUCUCUUUUCCUGACUCUGUGGAUGACCGAUGUUCCAGUCACAGCGAGGAUAGCACUGGGACUGCCACCAGCUUGGAUACUGCGGCAAGUCUCACCAGCACCAAGGGUGAAUUUGGAGUAGAGGAUGACAGGCCGGCUCGUGGACUCCCACCUCCAAAGUCCGAAGAAGCCAGCGGGUCCGAGAGUGGCAUUAGCAGUAGCAGUGGGGAUGGACCAUCUGGGGGUGGGGAAGUGGACAAACGACUGCACCAGCUGAAGACUCAGUUGGCUACUUUGACCAGCUCUUUGGCUACAGUCACGCAGGAGAAGUCUCGCAUGGAAGCUUCUUACCUGGCUGACAAGAAGAAGAUGAAACAGGACUUAGAAGAUACCAGUAAAAAGGCAGAGGAGGAGCGGGGCCGUCUGGAGGGAGAAUUGAAGGGGCUGCAGGAGCAGAUAGCAGAAACCAAAGCCCGACUUAUCACCCAGCAGCAUGAUCGGGCUCAAGAGCAGAGUGACCAUGCCUUGAUGCUUCGUGAGCUCCAGAAACUGCUGCAGGAGGAGAGGACCCAGCGCCAGGACUUGGAGCUUCGGCUGGAAGAGACCAGAGAAGCCCUGGCAGGACGCGCUUAUGCAGCUGGUCAGAUGGAAGGGUUUGAGCUGCAGACCAAGCAGCUGACCCGUGAGGUGGAGGACUUGAAAGGUGAGCUGCAGGCUCUUCGGGAUGAGAAGAAUCGGCCUGACCCUCGGCUGCGGGAGCUUCAGGAAGAGGCUGCCUGCCUGAAGAGCCAUUUCCAGGCUCAGCUGCAGCAGGAAAUGAGGAAGACAGCCCUUGCAGAGGAUCAGCUACGCCAGCAAUCCCAGGUGGAAGAGCAGAGGGUGGCGGCCCUGGAGAAUCAAAUCUCUGAGGUGUCCGAGCUGCUGGGCACCUAUGAGAAAGCCAAGCAGAAGGACCAGCUGGCUAUCCAGAAGCUAAAGGAGCGCAUCCUGCAGCUGGACCUGGAGAACAAGACGCUGGCGCUUGCCGCCUCCAGCCGCUCCCCGCUGGACAGCCAUGGCGAGGAGUCCAGUCUGGAUGUCAAUGUCCUGAAGGAUAAGAUGGAGCAGCUGAAGAGGCUGCUGCAGGUGGCGGCCAGGAAAAGCCAGGUAACCCUGGACGUGGAGAAGCUCUGUGACCUGGAGAUAAUGGCUGGCUCGGAGGCCGCUGAUGGGGAGAAGGCUUCGGCGCUCUACUACCAACAGGAGCUGAAGCAGCUGAAGGAGGAGUUCGAGAGGUACAAGAUGAGGGCCCAGGUGGUCCUCAAGAGCAAGAACACCAAGGAUGGCAAUCUGGCCAAGGAGCUGGAGGAGGCCCAGGAGCAGCUCGCCGAGCUGAAGGAGAAGUACAUCUCCCUGCGGCUGUCCUGCGAGGAGCUCGAGCGCCAGCACGGGCAGGAGGCCGAGCACUGGAAGCAGGAGCUGGCCCGGCUGCAACACGCGCACCGCCAGGAGCUGGAGCAGAGCCAGCUGGACUUCAGGGAGCGUGCGCUGCGCCUAGAAGAGGAGCUGCACAAGCAGCGGGACCGGGCCCUGGCUGUGCUGGCCGAGAAGGACUUGGAGCUGGAGCAGCUGCGCUCCGUGGCCUUGUCCUCCGGGCUGCCGGGUCGCAGGAGCCCAGUGGGCGGCGGGGGGCCCGGGGACCCGGCCGACACGUCGGCCCCGGACAGCCUGACCCAGGCGCUGCAGCUGGCCGCGGCCAACGAGCCCACGUUCUUCCUGUACGCUGAGCAGCUGGCCCGCAAGGAGGUGGAGAUCGCGUCGCUGCGCAAGCAGAAACACAGGGUGGAGGGGGAGGUUCGGCAGCUGCAGGACCGGCUGCUGGAGGAGGGGGAGCGGCACCGAGAGCAGGUAGCCGCCCUGCAGAGCCACAUUGAGAAGAACAUCAGGGAUCAGAGUAGGGAGGGAGCCAACCUGGAGUACCUCAAAAACAUCAUCUACCGCUUCCUGACCUUGUCUGACAGCCUGGGCCGCCAGCAGACCCUCACGGCCAUCCUGACCAUCUUGCAUUUCAGUCCCGAGGAGAAGCAAGCCAUCACGCGCCUCCCAACCGGUGGUGGCUGGUGGCCUUCUGGCAAGAGAUGAAUGCCCUUUUCGAGGACUCUCGAAAUCUCUGUGCCUCUGGUGUGGGAAGGGACAGCCUGGUUUCUGCUGCCCCUUCUCUUAACAUUAUAAUUUUUUUCUUCA